GAAGAAGAAGCCCCGCUCUCCCUCCAUUAUUAUAGUCCUUCUAUUUGCUUAGUUAUAGCAGCCCUUAAUAGUUGGGUUAAGUCUCCUGCUGGGGUGACAUGGACUAUUGGCUCAAAGAUCGGGCAGUAGACAUAACUCCUGUUCCAGAGGUCAAAGUAUCCUCCUGCCAACCACUAGACAACCUCCUAUACGCCACAUACAAGCCCACAGAUUACUUCCGCCAUCCAUUUACGUCACAACGUCAAAGCGCAGAAAACGCUUUCCAGCCGUCGCGUCGGGGUCCAGCCAGUCACUAGAGGUUAAAGUGAAUUUCCAGAUCGCUGAUGCCGCUCCUUCUCCUUGUCGUAUGAGCACCAGACCGAUGCAAUGAGUAAACUAGAUCUCUCUUCUGUCGAUCCACUGGAUCUCCCGCUUUCUAUACUGGAAGUCGGCAUAGCUGGGAGAUUGGAGCUGAUCACUCACGCCCCCAACCCUAAAGGCUCCACUUUUCCUUUAUCCACGGUUCCUCAGGGGUUACCCCCAUAUGACGUGGGUCUGUCCUAUGACGUAAUAGAGAAAUAUCUUGCUGACCCAGAAUGGCUUUCCAUCCAUGACUUUGAUAGAAGCCAGAGGUCUUUACUCCGAAGUAAGGAUGUGGGAUCCCUUUAUCAUAUGGAUAUCAGCGCCCCCCAGACGGAGCUCAGCAUGGAACGAAAUGCAGCGACCGGGGAGCUCCGGGGGAUCAGUGAGAUCACCAUUGGGCACAGCGGCCUCUCUGCUCAGAACUCGCUCUCUCUCCGCCGUCCCCCGGGACCUCCCUCACAGUCCGUAAAGGGCAGCACCUCCAACUUUCCUUUUUGGCCCGGGGGUAUGGAUGAACCCACUCUAGAACAGAUCAAGGCCGCUGGUGAUGAAGAGGAAGCGCUGGACUUUGAGAAAGAUCUUCUAAGCGUUCCUCCUGGGUGGACCCAUGGGAUGAACUUCAAGCAGUCAGAUGGGUCACAGCCUCUGGGGAUCCUUCCCUUUGCCAGCCUGCUGGGAUCUCUGGAAGAUUUCACAUUGGGCGACUCAAGUGGGGACGAAGAUGAUGGAAAAGCCAAAGAGAAAGAUAAGGGAACAAAGACAGAAAGUCUCCCCAGGACCAACAGCCUGGAAGACCUGGGAGUGGAGACGGUCUCUAACACGGCGGCUCCUCCACCAGCCUCCCCUGCAGCAGAUCCCCCCCAGGAGCAGUGGGCCGUUCCCCUGAACAGUCAUUCCCCUGUGGAGGAUUUCUAUAAGCGUAUCCCAGAUCUGGCCUUUAAGCAUCCAUUUGAGCUGGACAUCUUUCAGAAGAAGGCCAUAGAGUGUCUGGAGGGCGGCUCGUCGGUCUUCAUCGCUGCUCACACGUCUGCAGGGAAGACAGUGGUGGCUGAAUACGCCAUAGCAUUAUCCCUAAAGCAUAUGACCAGAUCUAUAUACACCUCACCCAUCAAGGCUUUGUCCAAUCAGAAAUUCCGGGAUUUUAAGUUGACCUUUGGAGAUGUGGGUCUGAUCACCGGAGACGUGCAGCUGUACACCGGGGCCUCCUGUCUCAUCAUGACCACUGAGAUCUUAAGGUCAAUGCUGUACAACGGCUCCGAUGUCAUCCGGGACCUAGAAUGGGUCGUCUUUGAUGAGGUUCAUUAUAUUAAUGAUGUCGAGCGUGGUGUUGUGUGGGAAGAGGUUCUGAUAAUGCUGCCCGAGCACGUGAAUAUCAUUUUACUGAGCGCCACUGUCCCCAACACCGUGGAGUUUGCCGACUGGAUUGGGAGAAUCAAGAAGAGGAAAAUUUACGUCAUCAGUACAACAAAGAGGCCGGUGCCCUUAGAACAUUAUCUGUACACGGGAAACAGUCAGAAGACACAGAAUCAGUUCUUUCUGCUGCAAGAUGCUACCGGAACCUUCCAGACCAAGGGAUACUAUGCAGCAGUGGAAGCAAAAAAGGAACGGUCAUCUAAGUACUCGCAGACCUUUGGAGCCAAACACCCACAUGGAGCCGGACAUGAUAAGGGCACCUGGCUGUCUCUCAUUCAGUCUCUUCGGCAGAGGGACGCUCUCCCCGUUGUGGUGUUCACCUUCUCCCGCUCUCGGUGUGAGCAGAACGCAGGAUCUCUGACCACUGUUGACUUGUGUACAGCGAAUGAAAGGAGCGAAAUCCAGACAUACUACAACAAAUGCCUAAGUCGGCUGCGCGGGGGCGAUCGGCAGCUUCCACAGGUACUACAUAUGCUGGACCUCUUGAAAAGAGGAAUCGGGAUCCAUCACAGUGGGAUCCUGCCUAUCCUGAAGGAAGUGGUGGAGAUGUUAUUUAGCCGUGGACUUGUCAAGAUGCUGUUCGCCACAGAGACCUUUGCUAUGGGGGUUAACAUGCCGGCUCGUACCGUGGUGUUUGAUUCAAUCAGAAAACAUGAUGGCACCAACUUCAGAGACCUGAACCCAGGAGAAUAUAUACAGAUGGCCGGAAGAGCCGGACGACGAGGGCUGGACAGUACUGGAAUGGUGAUAAUAUUGUGUAAAUCAGAUGUGCCCGAGAUGAGUGAUCUGCACAAGAUGAUGAUGGGGAAGCCAACUCAGCUACACUCCCAGUUCCGUCUCACCUACUCCAUGAUCCUGAAUCUCCUCCGUGUUGAGGCUCUGAGAGUGGAGGAUAUGAUGAGAAGGAGUUUUGCUGAAGCCCGAACGCAAAAAGAUAGCAAGGCCCACGAGCAACGCAUCAAGGUCCUCACCAAGACUCUGGGGGACAUGGGGGAAAUCGAAUGCUCCGGGGACCUCGCAGACCUCCAGGACUAUUUUGUGACUGUGCAGGAACUCGUCCGCACUAGAGAGAUGUUGCAGAAAAAGAUGGUAGAAUCCAUGAGCGGCAUGAAGUGUCUAAGCGUGGGACGUAUCAUCAUCAUCAGUACAGAGUAUCACGCCUGGGUGCCUGGAGUCAUUCUGCAGGUGUCUUCAGAUGCCACCAAUAGGAUCUACACUACGCUGGUGCUGUGUGAGAAGAAGCAGGAUGGUAAAAUCACUUCUGCAGAGCGAGGGGAGAAGGAGAACAAGAAGGCUCCGUGUCCAGACGAUCUCUUAAUGGGCAAAGUGUUCCGACCCGAAGGACCAUGUGACUACAAGCUUCUGAAACUCCACCCCUCCGAAAUUCUCAUGAUAACUGGGAAAACAUUAAGGGUCCAUGCCGAUAAAGUUCUGGACGAUGUCGCCAGGAGCCAUACCCCUCGUUUCAGAAAUGACCCUCCGGGCCCUGCGGUGUCUGGAGUGACACAAGAGCUGUCCCGGCUGGCGGACCUGCCCCCUGGAUCGCUGGCGUCCCUGUGUCCUGUGAACGAUCUGCAGCUGAAGGAAAUGGAGGUGGUGGAAGGAGUCAGCAGAGUCAGGAGACUGGAAGGAGCCUUGAGAGGAUUCAGCUGCCCCAAUAGCCCCCGCUUUACCUCCCAGUAUCUCCGUCUGGAGCAGCGAUCACAGGUCGUGGACGAGCUGGAUCGUCUCCGCUUCCUGACUUCUGACCAGUCGUUGAGCCUCUUGCCUGAGUAUCAGCAAAGAAUCGAUGUCCUGCGCACCCUGAACUACAUAGAUGAUGGCGGAGCAGUGCAGCUGAAGGGCCGCGUGGCCUGUGAGGUCAGCAGUCACGAGCUGUUGGUUACCGAGCUGGUGCUGGAUGGGGCGCUGUCACCCCUCAACCCCGAAGAGAUCGCUGCCCUGCUCUCCUGCCUCGUUUUCCAGCAUAAAACACAGUGUGAACCAAAACUGACAGACACGCUAAAGGAGGGUGUCAAGAAGGUACGGGACUUGGCAGAACGAUUGGCGUUGACUCAGCGGGAGUGCGGCCUGAGGGAGUCCGUAGAAGACUAUGUCGCGCAGUACAAGUUUGGCCUGACGGAGGUGGUGUACGAGUGGGCCCGUGGCAUGCCCUUCUCGGAGAUUAUGACCCUGACUGACAUCCAGGAAGGCCUCAUCGUACGUUGCGUGCAGCGUCUGGAUGAAGCUUGCCGGGACGUGCGCUCUGCUGCUCGACUGGUGGGAGACGCCACACUCUGCGCCAAGAUGGAUGCCGCUUCACAGCUUAUCAAGAGGGAUAUUGUCUUUGCUGCAAGCCUGUACACACAGUGAUCUGUGACCAUAAGGCAGCAGUGUAAAGCAUGGCGGAAGCUUUCAGGACUGAAGUCCCAUGACAUGAGCAGCAUUAUGGCAGUGUAUACAGCGACACUAUAUAGAAGACACUGCCCAGACCUCCUGCACUAUGGCCUCUGCGGUUCAUGGCUGUCAGCUUAACCUCUGUGAGGUCUGCCCCCUAGGACAGUAUUUGGGGGGGGGGGCAGAGGCGGUGUCCUGUCCCCCCAGUUGGAUUGUGGGAAAUAAUGGCACCAAUAUUAGAAAGAGAUUAUGCAGUAACUGCUGUUUCUUGUAGUGCCCAGGCCGCUCAGCCAGGUCCUUAUUGCUGUAAAUUACAGCAAUACAUGAAAUAAACCUGUUUAGGGUCUCAAACAGUGUUUUGUCUUAUUGGUUUUGACAAUACAAGCAAG